UCGUGUCGUUCCAGACCUCUUCAGAUUUGCCCCGAAAGAACCAAGGCCUCCGCUUUCCACGCCCCAUACUCUCCAGUCCGAAACCCUAGAACGAAGGCGAAAAGCCUGAAAGUUUGAGAUCCUUGGAUGCUCGGAUUCUGCGACUCCGAGGCGAUUUCACCAUGGGAGCGAGCCGGAAACUCCAGGGCGAGAUCGACCGGGUCUUGAAGAAGGUCCAGGAGGGCGUCGAGGUUUUCGACAGCAUUUGGAACAAGGUUUAUGACACGGAGAACGCCAAUCAGAAGGAGAAAUUCGAAGCGGAUUUAAAGAAGGAGAUCAAGAAGCUGCAGCGAUAUCGGGAUCAGAUCAAGACAUGGAUCCAGUCGAGCGAGAUAAAGGACAAAAAGGUUAGUGCCUCUUAUGAGCAGGCUCUCAUGGAUGCUCGCAAGCUUAUUGAGCGUGAAAUGGAAAGGUUUAAGGUUUGCGAAAAGGAAACUAAAACAAAAGCCUUCUCCAAAGAAGGGUUAGGCCAACAACCAAAAACUGAUCCAAAAGAAAAGGCUAAAUCAGAGACAAGGGACUGGCUCAACAAUGUGGUUGGAGAUUUGGAAAGUCAGAUUGAUAACUUUGAAGCGGAGGUUGAAGGGCUUUCUGUAAAGAAAGGAAAAACAAGGCCACCUCGACUGACACAUUUGGAGAUGUCUAUCACAAGGCAUAGGGCUCACAUAAUAAAGCUGGAGUUGAUCUUGAGACUGUUAGAUAAUGAUGAGUUGAGUCCUGAUCAGGUCAAUGAUGUUAGAGAUUUUCUUGAAGACUAUGUUGAACGCAAUCAGGAGGAUUUUGAUGAAUUUAGUGAUGUCGAUGAGCUGUACAGCACUUUACCUUUAGACAAAGUUGAAGCACUUGAAGAUUUGGUAUCACUUGGUCCUUCUAGUCUUGUUAAGGUGAUCUCUAUUUACUGGUUGUUAUCUUCUACUUACUGGUUGUUAUCUUCUAGUCUUGUUAAGGGUGUCAGUUCUGUUUCUGUUGCUAGUGCAGCUUUAGGUUCGAAGAAUUCUGCUGCAAGUUCCCCCACUCAGGCUGCUUUGUCAUCAACUGCAUCACAAAAUACUGCUCAAGACCAAAGUGAAGAAACAGCUUCUCAGGACAGUAAUUCUGACAUCGCUCCUAGAACACCACCUUCCAAAAGUGGAGCCAUGGGAUCUUUGGUAUCGGCAGCUUCCCCCAGUGUCAGUUCUGGGACACCUGCAGGUCCUACUUCUACUGUCGCUUCUAAUGUUUCUGGACGCCCCUUGACUGGUGGGCCUACUGUUGCAGCAAUACUCUCUGGUCCACCAAGUGCUCGAGGUGUUACAGAUAACUCAUCUGCAGCUACGUCUGCAUCUAUUACUAAUUCAUCAAGUUCAGUGAAGGAGGACGAUAGCAUGAUGUUCCCUGGUCAUAGAUCAUCUCCAGCAAUCCCUGAAACUGGAAUUGGGAGAGGUAUUAGCCGAGGGAUAUCCAAUCAAGUACCCAUUACUGCUCCAAUGAGUUUAAGCUCAGCUAGUGCUGCUUCAGGCAAUGGAGCACUUGGUUCAGUUCCUGCAGUCUCUGAUUUGGCUAAGAGAAACAUGUUGAAUGUUGGAAGUGGCAAUCUUUCACAACCAUUAGUUUCUCCUCUAAGUAACAGAAUCCUAUUGCAUCAGGCUUCAAAAACUAAUGAUGGAACUAAUUCAAAUGACUCUAAUAGUGUUAGUGAGGGUGCAGUUGUUGGUGGAAGAGUCUUUUCACCUUCAGUUAGUGGAGUUCAAUGGAGACCUCCAACUGCAACUUUUCAGAGUCAGAAUGAAACAGGACAGUUUCGGGGACGGCCUGAGAUUGCUCCUGACCAGAGGGAGAAAUUUCUGCUACGACUGCAACAAGUGCAGCAACAAGGCCACAGUCCCCUUCUUGGUGGUCCACACAUACCCGGUGCGAAUGACAGACAAUUAUCCGCACAACAGCAAAGUGUACUUUUACAACAGCUUAAUUCGCAAAGCUCUUCUAUUUCACCUCAAGUAGGUCUAGGACUUGGUGUUCAGGGACCAGGCCUUGCUUCUGUUUCAUCGGCCUCACAACAGCAGGCAACUCCAAUUCUACAACAAUCCUCCCCACAUCCCCUGAUUUCAACUGGAUCAAAAGAUGGAGAUGCUGGACACCUGAAAGUAGAAGACCAGAACCUGCAGAAUUUGUCUGAGGAUCUGAAUAUUGAAACUGCUACAAGUUCUGCUUUCAACAAGACUGUUAAUGAUGAGGAGUUAAAGACACCAUACAUGGGCGCAGGUUCAUCAUCUUUGACGGAAGGUAAUCAGUUACCCAGAGAUACUGAUCUUUCACCUGGGCAACCAUUGCAACCCAGUCAGUCUUCAGCUAGCCUUGGUGUAAUUGGUCGAAGAAGCGUCUCGGACCUUGGUGCCAUUGGAGAUAACCUUGGUGGAUCAGCUGGGAAUUCUGGUGGAAUGCACGAUCAGAUCUAUAAUAUGCAGAUGCUUGAAGCUGCAUUUUACAAACUUCCCCAGCCCAAGGACUCAGAACGUGUAAAGAGCUAUGUUCCGAGGCACCCUGCAGUGACUCCUCCUAGCUAUCCUCAAACUCAGGCUCCAAUCAUAGACAAUCCGGCCUUCUGGGAACGAUUGGGUUUUGAUCCAAUUGGCACAGACACCUUGUUCUUUGCGUUUUACUAUCAACAGAACACUUACCAGCAAUACUUAGCUGCAAGGGAAUUGAAAAGGCAAUCAUGGAGAUACCAUAAGAAAUAUAACACUUGGUUUCAACGGCAUGAGGAGCCAAAAGUUACAAAUGAUGAAUAUGAGAAGGGAACAUAUGUAUACUUUGAUUUCCAUAUUGCCGAUGAUGGUUCCCAGCACGGAUGGUGCCAAAGGAUUAAGACUGAGUUCACAUUUGAAUAUAAUUAUCUUGAGGAUGAGCUUGUUGUAUAGGUACGCUGAAUUGCAUUGUAUCAACAAAUUAAUUUAAUGUCUUUCACUCUGUCAUGUCUAAGGGUUGUAAUUCUUUAAUGAUCAACUUUCAGAACUAAUUUUUAUAGUCCAUCUCUUUUAGUA